AUGCCCAAAGCCCAUGCCCUCAAUCCAGAAGGGGAGGUUAUUCUUGUCGUGACAAGUGCACAUUUCAACCCUCCCCCGCCCAAGCCACCUGCUAAACCGAUCGCUCCGGGUGCUGCUGUCGAUGCUCUCUAUCCCGUCCAUAGAUAUGACACCUUUGGUCGGAAGAUUGCGGCGAAGAACCAAAUGGCGAAUCUCCAGCCCAGUCGGAUAACGACGAGGAGAUGGAACCUGCAAACCUAG